GAGUAAAAGAUAGAAAAAGGCAGACAAAAGGAGAGAGAUAGGAAUUAAGAGUGGGAAAGAGAUAGUGGAGAGUGAGAGAAAGAGGGGUGUGCGUCUUGUGAGAGGGAAGCAUUUGUGAAACCACUCUUUGAAGGGGCAGUCCACACUCUGUUGCUCUCAAGACCAAGAGGCAUGUUAGUGUGCUAAAGCUAACCAGCUAACACAACAGCACAGCACAGCACAGGACUGGACCAGAGUGAGAUCAGAGGAGAGAAAUCAAGAGCGACAUGAACGACAUCAAACUGGCCCUGCUGGGCAGUGAGGGCGCUGGGAAAUCAGCUGUUCUGGUGCGGUUUCUGACCAAGCGCUUCAUCGGGGAGUACGCCUCCAACACUAAUUCCCUGUAUCGUAAAAGACUAUCCAUUGAUGGUAGACAGCUGAACCUGGAGGUGUUCGACCCUUGCUCUCAGGGAACUGAGGCUAGGUGUAUACUGGAGGAGCCGGUGGACUGGGCUGAUGGCUUUGUGGUGGUGUACAACAUCAGCGACCGAACAUCCUUCAUCAAUGCUGAAAACAUUCUGCAGCAGAUCAGAGAGACACGGAUUGAGAACUGCAAAGGGGAGGUGGAGGUGCCAGUCUGUCUUGUGGGCAACAAGCAGGACCUGUGCCACGCCCGGCAGGUUUGUGAGGAGGAGGGCCGCUCGCUGGCGCAGGAGAACCGCUGCCUUUUCCAGGAGGUGUCGGCGGCCGAGAGCUACCAGGAGAUCGCCAACCUCUUCACCCAGCUCAUCAGACAAGUGAUGGAGCACCUCAAGUACCGCGCCGACCGACGCCGCUACAGCAGCUCCAAGUCCAUGGCCAAGCUCAUCAACAACAUGUUUGGCAAGAGGAGGAAGUCCGUGUGAUAUCCCCAGAAAGACUGGCCGGGAUUGGCUGAGAGAGACAGAAUGGCCUACCUAGGACUACAGUUGGACUCCAAUCGUAAGGAUAAUGGKGAAGAGGAUUGAUCUUUGAUCUCCAUAGCUUCUUCACACUGUAUCAAAUCAUUUCUGGUUAACAAUAAAUGACUUACUUUAAUUGUUUUCAGUUACAAUGGUCCUCCAAAAAUAAAAAAUGCUU